AGUGGGGUACAAGUGCAUGGAGUAUCUCCCCAGUUUGUCUGCCUCCGGAAAAGGGGUUCGGUAAAGGAGGGGGCCCUUGCCCCUCCUCCGCCUGAGCGUCCCUCCUGGAGCUUCAAGGGGUCUCCGGGCCCUCUUCACUCACCUCCGGAUUGCCUCUUUCCCCAGUCUGUCACUCAACGGCCGCUCUGUCUGGGUUGGCUAAGAAUCUAGAAGGGAAGACCAAUUAGUGCCGGAACUGGAUAAGCGCGGCGUCUAGUUUCGCAGGGAAAGUUUAGGCAGUUGUGUUCACUCCAGACUUCCGGUUCCGGUCCUCGGAGUAGGGCCGUGGCUACCAUGGAAGAACCCGAGAUGCAGCUCAAGGGGAAGAAAGUUACUGACAAGUUCACUGAGAGCGUCUACGUCCUGGCCAACGAGCCGUCUGUGGCCCUGUACCGACUGCAGGAGCACGUGCGCCGCUCUCUGCCUGAGUUGGCCCAGCACAAGGCUGACAUGCAGCGGUGGGAGGAGCAGAGCCAGGGAGCCAUUUACACCGUGGAGUACGCCUGCAGUGCCGUGAAGAACCUUGUCGACAGCAGCGUCUACUUCCGCAGUGUGGAGGGUCUCCUCAAACAGGCCAUCAGCAUCCGGGACCACAUGAACGCCACGGCCCAGGGCCACAGGUAGCUGCUGGGACCGCCCGCCCCUGCUGCCCUCAGCCUCCUUGCUGCAAGGACCUUCGCUGCUCAGCCAGGAACUGCACCUUCUCGCUCCUUAAACAACUCCCUUUCUUGGUCUCGCAGUGGCUGGUGACUUCCUCUUGUCCUUUGCUGUCUGUAGCGGGAGUUGAGUCAGUCCGCCCCCAGCUCCUGCGCGCUGCUGUGUGCUUGGGCUGGUUGCUGGGGGCAUGGCAGUGACCGAGACAGGUUUGCUCGCAGCCUCACGGAGAGGCACCCAGCAACCAGGUAGACACGGAACAGACAAGAACAUUUCAGAUAUGUGUGAAGGAGGAGAAGGGGGCCCCCUCUGAGGAGGCGGCAGAGAUGUAAACAGAAGCUUGAACAAAACGCAGGCCAAGGUGACCAUGAG